CCGGGGCGCGGCGCGGCGGGAGCCGCCGGAGGGGCGCAGGGCGCGGGCGCGGCAUGGCUGGCUGAGGCGGCGGGAGGAGCCGCCGCCGCCCGGCGCCGCUCCCGGCCGCGCUCGGUGCGUGUGCGAGCGCCCGCGUCAAUGAGCGAGUGCAUGGCGGAGCCCCGCGCCGCACCAUGAGGCGCCGGCCGAGCACCGCGCUCGCCCUGCUGUGCCUCGCCGCCCUCCUGGCCGCCGCCUCCGCCGCGCUGCCCGCCAGCGCCGCGCCGCCCGCCGAGCCCGGCAGCGGCAGCGGCGGCCCCGCCGAGAGCGGCCCGGGCACGGUGCCGCCCGCGCGGGGCAGCCCGGCGCCGCCGCCGCCGCCGCCGGAGGAGGCGGUGGCGGAGGAGGAGGAGGAAGAGGAGCAGCAGGAGGAGGAGGAGGCAGCGGGCGGCGGCCCGGCAGGAGACCUGUGCAACUGCAGCUCGGUGGGCAGCUCUGGAUGCAACCUGACAUCAGGGCAGUGCCUGUGCCUGGCUGGCUACACAGGGCCACGCUGCCAGGGCUGUGCCCACGGCUUCUUCCCCAGCCAGGGGGGCCAGCAGUGCCUGCCCUGUGACUGCAGCCCUGCAGGAGCCACCAGUGACCAGUGUGACCACUCUGGGAAGUGCCAGUGCAAAGCUGGUGUGACGGGCCUGAGGUGUGAGCGGUGCAGCGAGGGCUACUACAGGUUCAAUGGGAGCACGUGUGAGCCCUGCCAGUGCAACAACCACUCCCACAGCUGCCACAGCUCCACAGGCACCUGCCUGGACUGCCAGGAGAACACUGAGGGGGAGCACUGUGAGCUCUGCAAGGAGGGGUUCUACCAGAGCACCCUGGGCUGCCAGCACUGCCCCUGCUCCACUGUGGCAUCCACCGGCACCUGCCACAUACAGCCCGGCGAGAGCAUCCCAAGGUGUGACAAGUGCAAACCAGGGUACACUGGCCUCAACUGCAACCAGUGUGACAAGGGCUACUACAACUCAGACAGCAUCUGUGUGAGGUGUGAGUGCAACGGGAACGUGGACCCGGCGCUGUCCCCCAGCGUGUGCCGGCCCGACAGCGGGGAGUGCAUCGGCUGUCUGUACCACACCACGGGCUUCCACUGUGAGCUCUGCCAGCAGGGCUACAGCAGGGACUCCCAGGGCACCAACUGCACCAGGAAAGAAACCACUCUUGGCCCAGAACCAACGGAGUUUACAACUUCUGCUCCAAAUACCACCAAGGCCACAUCCUUUUCCACUGCAGUGCUGAACAGUACUUUGUCACCCACAACUCUGCAGACAGUAUUUCCUAUAAGCUCCUCUGACAACAGCACCUCUGCUUUCGCAGACGUUUCGUGGACUCAGUUUAACAUCAUUAUUUUGACAGUGAUCAUCAUUGUUGUGGUCCUGCUAAUGGGCUUUGUGGGUGCUGUCUACAUGUACCGUGAGUAUCAGAACAGAAAACUGAAUGCUCCCUUUUGGACCAUUGAGCUGAAGGAGGACAACAUCAGUUUCAGCAGCUACCACGACAGCAUUCCCAACGCUGACGUGUCGGGGCUGCUGGAGGAUGAUGGCAAUGAGGUGGCUCCCAAUGGACAGCUCACGCUGACGACUCCCAUGCAUAAUUAUAAAGCUUAGAAGUCAUCCAGCUGCUCCAAAGUUUGCUUCUCAAAAAGUUACAGGGCUGGUGGAAGGGGUGUCAGGAUCCGUGCCAAGGCUCCACACAGAGGAAUUUGCUCUUCAGGUACUCUGGUGCCAGGCCUGCUGUAGCUUGCAGGGGAACAGAAGACAGUGCAGUACAACUGAAUUCCAGGUAGUGUGGUGAAAUGCAUUCAGUGUCCUGUUCUCCAUAAAGAUCCAUAGAAUUCACUGUUGUUUUAAACUGGAUUUUGCUGAAUUGAAACAUGUUUUUAUGAAGAGGUGGUGGGGUGGAGAGAGCAGAACCCCACGAGGAGUCAGAAGCUACUUGGUUUCCAGCCAACCCAACACUUGUGUCUUCAUCCUUUAGUUUGAGAAGUAGCUCAUGAAUUAACAGUGGAAUUUCAGGAAACAGAUCUUUGGAAAGGCAUCAUCUUUGUUCCUGACAGGAACUUAUUUGAAAAGGAGAACAAAAAAAAAGGGAAGUAAUUGUUCACUGUUACUACCAAAAGGCAAGUAGGAGGAGUGAGUUGCACACUUAAAAAAGUUACCAUUAUCUGUUCCCACUAAGCAGGGAAAUGGGAAAAAAAUCUAAAGAACAUUUGAGUUAGGGAAGAGACUAAGCUUUUCCCUUUCUGAGUAUUUAUACAGGGUGAUGAUGCUAUUAAGACAUAGCAAUCCAUUUUUUUCUAGAAGGAGUUAAUGAACUUGUAUAGUUUCUGUGCAAGGGAAGACGACAAGACAUCUCAGGGUUGCCAUGUAAAAAUAAAAGCCAGGCUUAAUACCCUACCCUGAUAGAAAUGGUGUGUUCUGUAUAUAAAAUGUAAUAUAACUUCUUGGAAUUGUAUUUGUAAUUAUUUGUAAAAAAGACAAGCAACCAACUGACCAACCAAAAAAUCCCCAACAACAGAACCAUGAGCCCCUUCCCAACCUCCCCCACUCCCCAGGUCAUGUUUUAUCCUCUAGGUUUUAAUUGUACAGCGGUUAGUGGUGUUGUUUAAAAAACAAAAAACAUGAGGAUUGUUUAAAAUACUGUAAAUGAGAUGGCAAUAUUGUUGGAGCUGGGACUCUGGCAAACACCAACUGCUUAAAGCUUUUCUUCCACUGUCAUUGAAUAACUUCUUUUUUAGAGAAAGUGUGAGUGUUCCCUACUUGUGUCUGUCAAAUUUUGCCAUUCCUUCAAAUACAGAGUGAAUACCAGUGUUGCCAUGACUAGGGCUGAGUAGGUGUCCAAAAAUUGGAUGCACCAAUGUAUUCCUUGCUUUUAAGUGUCUAUACAAAAUGCAGAUACACUGUCACAAACACACUGAGAGCCUGGGCUCAAUGGCUGAGGUUCUUCCAUGGUGUGGAGGGAUCCCACUGCCAUGCCUGCUGAGCUGACACGUGCUGGAGGGCUGAGCUCAGCCCCCUGGCCUCCUGAGGGCCAGAAGCAAAGGUUUGCUGGGUUUGGGUGGGAACAGCUUUGGGAUGAAGAGCUUGCAGGACCUGAUCUGCGCUUGGAGGCUCAGAAGGUAAAAGGACACAGAUGCUUGCAGAAUUUAAAGUGGCACAAGGUGGUGGUGGGGAAUCAGCUGUUCAGAAAACCCCACAGGGAGCAGGUUUUACAGAUCCCUGGUUUUGAUGGGAGGCUGGUGGGCUGUUAGCACAGAGAACAUCUAACAGGCAGCACUGCACAGGGGUCACACUGGGAGCUCCUGGGUUGGUACCUGCAGUGUGAGUGCCCCAGGGCAGGGGCUGUGCUCCCUGUGCCACCUGUCACACCUCUGGAAAUCAAACUACUGCAGGAAACAGGGCAAGAAACAAAUAUUUCCCCUCACUCUUGCCCAGCCUCAGAGCUGCAGAUGUGUUGCUCUGUGUGGUGGGGCAAUGGUGAUACAGGAGCUGGUGGAUGCAUCCUCUGAGCCAGGAAAAAGUGAAUAUUUCUCCAGAUGAGAAAUGGUAGAGAGAACAGAUCAGCUAUUUAUUUGUUUUUUGGUGCUGUGAGGAGGCUUUUCUUUGGAAACUUGGAAGAGGGGGGAAGUAGGUGAUUCAAACAAAUGCUCAAAGAUGCCAUUUCUGCCUCAAAAACUUGCUGUCUGAUUUAAAGAUGAGGCAUGGCAAGUGAGAAUGAAAAUCAUUGAGGAUGACCAAGGGAAAUGGUGAGGGCAGAAUGUGGAAUUGCAUAUAGACCCAAGCUGAUGGAAAAAAGCAGAUGGAAAAGCUCCCAUUGCCUGCAGUGGGCCUGGGUGAAGUCCCAGGUGAUAAAACUGGCUCCUGUCAUUCAGAGCAAUGUUACUUUUAGUUAUAAAACGGGGGAGGACUGGAGGAGAAAAUCUGGAUAUUGCUAAUCCUUAAGUUACUCAUCAGAGCAGGGUGGUGACAAAACAGAAAAUUUCCUAGAAGUUGUAAUUAGGUAGAGGUGCUAAUCUAGGGAUACACUUGCACUUGGUCACUUCAUGGGGUAGGGGGAAGGUAAUUUAGGAAGUGUUGGCUUCUGGGACUGAUGCUAGCCAGCAAAUCGAAGGACUGUUGUUCACUUUAAUGUUUCUGAAAUGCUUUAGCAGAUUUUUUCCUCUCUGCCACAAAACACCUCUUCCUUAAAUUUUGCUGUGACUGUGGGCUGCUUUGUAACAGUAACAGGCUUGGAUUUUGUAGAAAAUUCACUGUAGGAAUAGGGACCAUCUGCUCAAGCAGAGCGUGGGCGCAGGUGCUGAGCCCUCCUCGUCCCUGCCUGCCACAGCACAGGAGGUGUUGGCACCUGGGCUGCUUCUGACCUCCAGAGUAAUCCAGAGGCUGUGUUUGGGAAGAGGAGGAGUGAGGAUGCCCUGCAGGUGGGACAGCUGCUGUCUGGAUUGCACAGCUGGAAGAAGGGAUGGAGACAGCCUGGAACACGUGAUGGGAAGCUUGGUUGGGCAGGGGGACCUGGCUGCCCAGAUUUGGAUGGCACAGGAUGUUUCUGAACUGGGAGCACAGUGAGGAUGUGGCACUGGCACCUGUCAAGUGGCAGAAUGACUCAGCAGGGACACAGGACACCUCCUGCCACCCAGGCCUGGGCACACAGGAGCAACAGCAAUAAAGGAGAUCGAUGCCUCAGCAGGGAAAGGAUAAACAGCUUGAUGUUUGACUUUGGUGCUGUGAGAUCAGCUUGUCUGUGCUCUUAUCAGUUCCCUGGCACCACAGGAGGGGAGGAAGAAGCUGAGCUGGUUCUGUCUCCAGUUCCCUUGGGUUGGGUUGUAUGUGGAGGGGUAGCAGAGCUCAAGCACUUGUGCCAGGGUGCUGGGGCCACCAGCACCAUGGUGUGUGCCAUCGCUUGUCAGAGGCUUCCCAGGUGCUGAGGUUUGUCCUGAGGUUGGGGCAAGGGCAGCUAAACCAGAAUUGGACUCUCAGGGCUGUUUUGAGGCCAGCGAGGCCAGGGCAGGGCAUCUGGGUGACCUGUGGGGCUGAGGUGGCAAUCCAGGUACAAGGUACAUGUGCUCCUGAUGGGCACCUGCAGCACUGGUGCCUGGGAAUGCUGCCCAGCCAGGACACUGCUGGCAUGGGACAGCACUGCAGAGCAGAGGGGAGGUGUCACAGGGCUGGGGAUGUGGGAAAGCAGCUGCAGGCACCAUCCUGGGCAGUGUGAGGGCACAGCUGCUCUGGCUGGGGCGAGUGCAGCAGGGCAGUGAAGGCAGUGGGACAGAAUGAGCAGGUAAAGCACAGGGCUGGGCUGGGGCAGGGCUGGGGCAGCCUGCAGGGCUCAGCUCAGGGGAGCACUUGGUGAGCAGAAUGCCACAGACAUGCAGAAACGUGGUUGGGCUAAUGAGGAGAGAUGAUCUCAAAUCUUGUGGACCACUGUAGCUGGAAAUAGCUACGAGGAGCACUAGCCCUGGGGAGCUGUCAGGAGAUGUCAGCCACUGGAGUGAUAAUUCCCUUGGACCAGGCUGAGCAAACUUAGCAAGCAUUUUGGAAAGAGGAGGGGACAUAUCCAGCAUCCUCCAGGUAUCCUGGGCCAGUUAACCACUGCUGCACAGCAUCAUUCUCUGCAAUGUCACAGACAAUGCAAAUGUGGCAGAAAGUUUGCACAGUCUCCUUUAAGUAAAGGAUAUAAAAAUAGUUUUCUCUUUUAAGUGAAAUUUUAGAGUGAGCUCCCACAGGACUCUGCUCUUUAUGUGUCAGAGGAAUGGAUUAAAAUAAGAAAAAUGUGGGCCUUAAAAGUUGAAGUUGUUCUUGCUCCCAUCUGAAACCCAUCAGUCUCACUCUGCAUCCAAAUACGGUGUCUCCCAAGCAUAUGCCAUGCUUACAAAUGCAUUUCUAAAAAGAAAAAAAAAAGUGUAUGAUUUGAAUAUAUGUCAGAAUUUAUACAGAAGAAUGUUAUUUAAAAUGAAUAAAAAUAAAUGUAUAUAGUUUGUAUCUAUGCCA